GUUGUUUUUUCAUCAGGAGUCAUUAACAUCGUUAUCAUGGAAGAGGUGGAGAAUGACAUCACAAAAACGUCAUGGAUUGGAUCAUGUCAGAGUGGCACAUUCACGCUUUUAGGCUUUGGAUUAUCCCUUUGUGGAAACGUGGUGGGCGUGGUCCCUGGUCACUACUUCGAGAAGAGGAGGCCAGCAGCCUAUGGCGUAUGCAUGGCAGGAGGUGCUCUGGGGCUAUUCAUAGCAGGUCCUCUCACAAGAUACCUUCUUGACCAAUAUAACCUGCAUGGAACUUUGUUGAUAAUGGGGGCCAUUUCUUUCCAUAUGUCAAUUGCGGCAUCCUUACUGCGAAAACCAUCAAUACCUUCCAACGAAUCUUUCAUAGUUGUCCACAAAGACGAAGAUGAUGUAUCAGCCAAAGAAGCAUCCAUUCAAGACUCCGAUGAAAUGUUUCCGAGAAGUGAUACGACAGUUGCUGGUACAAACCCUACGAAGGAUACCAACACAGAUCAAACAACAAUUCCAUUUCUCUUAGAAGACAUCACACCUCGAACACAGACCAACGAGGAACCGAAAACCCAAUGUUGUAAUAUACGACUUAUGUUAAAUAUAAUGACAAAAAGGGAUUUUCUUAUGUACAACUUUACAAUCUUGUUCUGGUCGCUAGGUGACGCUGCCUGUAUAUUCCAUCUUCCGAACUAUGCAGAAAUUAAAGGCAGUUCACCACGACAGGCAGCAAGUCUGUUCAGUGCAAUGGGAGCCGGUGGCAUCUUCACGAGGGUAGUCAUCGGUCUCAUGGCUUCCAGUCCCAGUACGGAAUACACGUUGCUUCAGUUUGGGAUUGUUGGUGUUACCGGACUCAUCACCAUCUUCUUUCCCCUGUUUUCCAGUACAUAUCACUGCCAGAUAGCGUUUGCAUUAUUGUAUGGCUUGUACAGCCAUGGAACAAAUUCAUUGAUGGGACCAUUAACUAUACAACUUACCAGUUUGUCUGACGUUGCCAUUGGUUUUGGAAUUGUGUAUUUCUCUUGUGGAAUUGGAUAUCUCUUGGGACCAGUCAUUGCAAGCUUCAUUUAUGACGUCACACAAGUGUAUGAUUACACGUUCGUGUUCGGAGGUGCAUGUUUCUUGCUAAGUUCUAUGUCGACGGCAGGAAUAAGUCUUUUCCAAACAACGGUGAUUCCAGACAGAACAUUAUCGAUAUAACGGGAUACUGUUUUGUGAAUGAACACAUAAGAAAACCUGCGAUUUCCAACAUCUUUCACCAUGCAAUACAGUGAUGGCACACAUCGAAUUGAGGCAUGUUGUAUGUCUACCGGAAAACCAGGAUGUGCUGAUUGUCUUUGUGAACACCUGGUGUCAUCACUGAUGAUCUUGUCCUACAAUUGUCACCCUCAUUUUCAAGCUCGAUAGAAUCUGUUUCCUCAGGUAAUAGGGACUGAUGUUUUU